AUGUCUGCUUCAACGGCCACUACAACCGGUUCCAACACGCCCGCCAACAAAGUCAACGCUUCUGCUACGCUUAGCGAAGACGAAUCCUUCCACAAGAGAGCGGCCGAGGCAGAGGCGAAGCAUGUUGCGAAUGUCGCAACUCAAAAUAGAAAGCUUGAAAUGGUUGAGAAGAAGCUCAAUGAGAAGCUUUCAUCCAAUGGCAAGGCACUAGUUCUCAAGGACAAGCCUACUAGACCUACACAUCGACCCACGAGGAAAAAUCGCAAGCCGCUUUCCCCACCUAGCAAUAAGGAGCACGACACCCGAACAGCUGCAGUGGAUAUCAAAGCUACUAUCAAGGAGAAAAGGCAGCUCGCCAUUUUAUUAACUUCUCGUCCGAGUCUUAACUACGACAGGAUUAUCGAGCAACACGUGGUCAACGGCGUCGUUGAGCGCAUUACCCAGCCUGACAACUCCCAACACACAUCUGUGGUGAACAAGACACUUCCUACCUACAGCUACGUAGAUAUUGUCGAGCAGCGCGUAGUCAACAACGUCUCUGAGCGUAUCCCUGGGUCUGCCGAUACGCCUCAAGCUGCCGCCUCUAAUAUCGACACUGACUCAGAUUCGGCUGCUGAGUCUGACAACGAUACAGAAGAACACGUUCCCAAACUGGUACAAGAGGCUUCUACCGCCCAUCAAAGUACGGAUUCACUUUUGGAAAGAUCUAGCUCUGUCAAGGCUGCCAGCGCCACCGCAUCAUCCCACGUCUAUGACGAUGUCUCGAUGAUCGAUGUCGACAAUGAGGCGCUGCUUCUCAGCUUUGCGAAUGAGGCAGCACUGGCCGCUGCUCCAGUCGAGCUUCCCGUGACUGCAUUCAAGGAUCAAAAGCCUAACAAGGCCAAGGAGAAGGAUGCAAAGGCUUCUGACCUUCUAAAAGAGGUGGCUAUGGUCGAUUUAGAAGUACCUCAGAAGCAGCUCAAGCUCGACACCGCAAGGACCGCUACUGGGAAUGCCGACCCCACCACUCUAGCGGACGAUGGAUAUGUGACGGCGCUUCUGAAAAUGCCAAAUGGCCCUGGCGUAACUAGAAAAUCUCGUAACUUUCAUGAGAAGCAAGUUGCGAUGCACAUCACCCCUUUCGCAUUGCCAGUCACUGCGCCAAAGCAAGAUAAGACCUUAAAAGCCAACCAAAAGGUCGUCAAGGUUGGUGGAAAGAAAAUAGUCUCGUGCGAGAGGAAAAAGGCUCACGAUCUUCACAACCAUCUUGUUCAAAUGCACGUCCCAUCAUACAAGCUUCCGUUUUCUGCUCAUGGGCAAAAGAAGACUAAAAGGACGAAGUCUGUUGACACCCCUGUCGCAAAGUUUAUCCAUGGACCUGUUGCUGUCGACGCAUCAGCAGACGACACAGAGCUUAUUGUUGGCGAUUACGCAUCCAAUGUUGCUAAUUUGGAAGCCGAAAAUUCCAUGCACGACAAGGGAACUCUCAUCGGCAGCGUCUCCCAAAUUAAUCCUUUCCCCAUCAAUAAAGCUAAGGACAAUCUGCAGCAGAUCGACGUUCGGGUUACAGAUACCAUCGAGAAGCAAGUCAUUCCUGAUGACACUACCCCAGUAACCCCUCCCACAUCUGAUCUCGACUUCUCUUCCUCCGGCUCAGACUACCCAAAGUCAACCAAGACUUCCCGUCGCUCCUCCUUGGUGCCUGCCGUUGAUUCUAUUCGUCGCAAGGCUGAAAAGGCGCGCACCGCCUUCCUUGGGAAAACCUCUUUAGAGAUGUUCGUGAAUAUACUCGACUUCGAGCGUUGCGACGGAACGACCACCAAAGAUGACGUCUGCAAGGCCUUUGCUUCCCUUGCUGGUUGUCCCAUUGCCAGUCUGGAAUCUGUCAAGAUUCAGCGCAAGAUCAAGCUAGGCGGCACUUCACUCUAUGGCUUUCUUCAUCAACUCGACUUCGAUGACAAUGAAAUCACUCUCAUUGGCAAGGUCAUGAACACCUUUGAAGAGGCGGCCAAGAAUGAAUUGGUAUCUUCUAAACUAGACCUUGCUUUAUGGCUUGCGGAAUCGUCUCGGGAUGAUGGCAGUCAUCAGGGUCUGCAUUCGCUGCAUGCUUCUAAACUCAGCGCGUUCAGACAAAUCAUCGCAUAA